AUGAACGGCACGGAGGGACCCUACUUCUAUGUCCCUAUGCUCAACACCACCGGCAUCGUCCGCAGCCCUUAUGAAUACCCUCAGUACUACCUAGUGAACCCUGCAGCCUAUGCUGCUCUGGGGGCCUACAUGUUCUUUCUUAUCCUGGCAGGCUUCCCUAUCAACUUCCUCACACUCUAUGUCACCAUCGAACACAAGAAGCUGCGGACCCCUCUAAACUAUAUCCUGCUCAACCUGGCGGUAGCUGACCUCUUCAUGGUGUUUGGAGGAUUCACCACAACUAUGUAUACCUCAAUGCAUGGCUACUUCGUUCUUGGACGCCUUGGCUGCAACCUGGAGGGUUUCUUUGCCACCCUGGGUGGUGAGAUUGGCCUGUGGUCCCUAGUGGUCCUGGCUAUUGAGAGGUGGGUGGUUGUCUGCAAACCCAUCAGCAACUUCCGCUUUGGGGAGAACCAUGCCAUCAUGGGUGUGGCCUUCAGUUGGAUCAUGGCUUCUUCCUGUGCUGUGCCCCCCCUGGUGGGCUGGUCCCGAUAUAUCCCUGAGGGCAUGCAGUGCUCAUGUGGGGUUGACUACUACACUCGCGCUGAGGGCUUCAACAAUGAGUCCUUUGUGAUCUACAUGUUCAUCGUUCACUUCAGUAUCCCUCUGAUUGUGAUUUUCUUCUGCUAUGGCCGCCUGCUGUGUGCCGUCAAAGAGGCCGCCGCUGCCCAGCAGGAGUCUGAGACCACCCAGAGAGCAGAGCGUGAGGUCACCCGCAUGGUCGUCAUCAUGGUCAUUGCCUUCCUAGUGUCUUGGCUGCCAUACGCUAGUGUGGCCUGGUAUAUCUUCACACACCAGGGCUCUGAGUUCGGGCCCCUCUUUAUGACCGUGCCCGCCUUCUUUGCCAAGAGCUCCGCCAUCUACAACCCUCUGAUCUACAUCUUCAUGAACAAGCAGUUCCGCCACUGCAUGAUCACCACAUUGUGCUGUGGAAAGAACCCCUUCGAGGAAGAGGAGGGUGCCUCCACCACCAAGACCGAGGCUUCUUCAGUCUCCUCCAGCUCCGUGUCUCCAGCGUAA